UCUCUCUCUCUCUCUCUCUCUCUCUCUCUACGCGUAUAUUGAAACGCAGAGGGACCUUCCAACUAAUGAGAUCUUGGCGACGUCAAUACAACAACGGUAAUCGGAGAAAUCGCUGGUUCUAAGUAACCACCAUAACACCCUCCCGAUUAAAACCUCCAAAAUACACAGUCAGUAGCUAACAUGUUAUUUUCUUCCUCUCUCCUCUCCUCUCCUCUCCUGCCCCGCUCUCCAAUUAGGUCGGCUCUCAACCUCUCGUGACUCGGAUAUCACACUGGGGGAAAGGAGUUGAACCUUUUCCCCUGCAUGAGUAGGGUUUAGAUGGGGUCCCUGUUCUCUUACUGGUGGGGGGUCAAUUUGAUCGUGUGCAAAAAUUUCAGCGGGGUUAUGAAGGCGCUCGAGGACUCUGCUCUGUUUCUUUGCUCUGUUUUUGCUUCGAGCUCAAUAAAGAUGGCGACGGAUUAAAACUGAUGGGGGCACCGAAGAGGGCUCCUUUCAACAACCACCGAUUCAGUUUAAUAGGGAUGGGUUAUCGGAACGGUGCUGUUCUCCGGAGCUUUGUUCUUUUGGCUGCGUAUCUCUCCGCCCUGUUUGUUCCCCUGUUUCGUGCUGUCAACAAGCUCUUCUUCAGAUGUGAAGAGGUUGAAAACCCUCUGAGGAAUUUGGAUGGAAAUCGGGAAUCUGUGAGUUCCAGUGGGGUUGCUGUUGAGGAGGAAAAAGAUAAGACCUCUAUGUGUGCUGCUCCAGUGGAAGCAGAGGAACCGCAGCCUCAUACUGUUGAUUGCUCGGUUUCGGAUUCGGUGCUUGAUAAAUUGGACGAAACCGAGUCGCCCAAGUUGUUUUUUUCUUUCAAGUUUCCGACUUUCGAAGAAUUCGCGAGAAACAAUCAGGUCGAGGACAAUUCUGAUGUUGUGUCAAGGGAUACUUCUGCUGAGGAAAAAGAAUUCUUGAGUUGCAGUACUAAAGAAUUGUCUUCUGAACCGAAUGAUCGCUCUUCUGAUGAAAGUAUUGUUCUGGAAACUGAAAUUUCAGCCGAAGAGGUGCCAGCAAAACCGCGCAAUUAUCACAGGUCCGAAAAGAAAGAGGCCGACCCUUUGGGAGAGUACAAAGCUUUUGAGGAGGGGCUGUUGAAGGAGUUGAAAGGCCAUUUAUUUUUUGAUAAAAUUGCUCCAAGACAAUUCCGGGUUCUGUCUGAAAAGGACCUGCUUAUGUCGGAUUCUGAUACGGAUUCUAUGAGUUCGAGUCACGAUUUCUCGAUCAUGAGCCGCUUGCUCGACUCAAACAGUGAUGGGUUCUUGUCUGAUGGAGACUUCGAGGGAGAUUUUGGACUGAACAACACGAGAGACUCUGACGAGGAUGAGGACUUGCGGAAAGAACUCGGAAAGCUCGAAGAGUCCGAGAAAGAAGUUCGACGCGAAGAGAGCAAUCAUAAAAGGGAAGGGGAACGGGAGGAGGAAGAGGACGCAGAAGCACCCAACAGUGACAAUCACGGCUCGGAAAAUUCAACCAGUAACAGUUCAGAAAACGAGGACUCGAAGUUGGAGGCCGAGUGGGAGCACCAGGACUUGAUAGAACAACUGAGGAUGGAGAUCCGGAAGGUUAAGGCCACGGGGCUUCCCACCAUAGCAGAAGACUCCGAGUCUCCGAGGAUAACGGAUGACCUGAAGCCAUGGAAGAUCGACGAGAGGCCCCACAGGGGAGACCGGAUGUCCGAGCUCCACAAGGUGUACAAGAGCUACCGGGAAAGGAUGCGGAAGUUCGACAUCUUGAAUUACCAGAAGAUGUAUGCUUUAGGUUUCCUACAGACAAAGGAUCCGUUCAAGUCGAUUUCAAGCCAGAAAUCUUCCGCGCAGUCACUCGCAACCCUUCUAUCCCAAACCCUUCGACCGUGCCGGGAGAAGAGCAAGAAGUCUGAGGAUGACCCGAUGAUGAAGUUUGCUCGAGAACUCCAUGGCGACUUGGAGACGGUCUACGUAGGCCAAAUGUGCCUUUCGUGGGAGUUUCUGCAGUGGCAAUACGAGAAGGCCCUCGAGCUGUGGGAAGCAGACCCAUAUAAUCUACGCCAGUACAACGAGGUCGCCAACGAAUUCCAGCAGCUGCAAGUGCUGAUGCAGAGAUUCCUAGAGCAUGAACAGUUCGAGGGGCCCAGGGUGCAGUACUAUGUCAAGAGCCGGUGCUUAAUGCGCAAUCUGCUUCAGGUCCCGGUGAUUCGAGAGGACAAUCUGAAGGCUAGAAAGAAGAGUAGGUUAGAAGGGAAAAGUGAGUUUGGUGUUUCCAGUGAUGUGCUGGUAGAGAUCUUAGAGGAGUCCAUUAGGAUCUUCUGGCGGUUCAUUCGAGCGGAUAAAGAUGCAAACAGUUUGCUUCACAAGGAUCGAAAGGCAGACCAGCCCGAGCUCCAGGAUCCCGCUGAUUCAGAAUUGUUUUCAGUGGUUCAGACAACACUUCAAAAGAAGGAGAAGAAGCUGAAAGAGGUUUUGAAAGGAGGAAACUGCAUAUUGAGGAAGUUAAAGAGGCACCAUCGUGAUGAGGAAGAUGGCUCUUCUUCUGAUCAAGUUCUAGCCUUCUUCUCCCAAGUGGACAUGAAGCUGGUCAGGAGAGUGCUGAGCAUGUCGAGAUUAUCGGCUGAUCAACUAGCCUGGUGCAAUGGCAAAUUGAGCAGCAUUAAUUUUGUGCACCGGAGAAUACAUGUCGAACCAUCGUUUCUGCUUUUCCCGUGUUAGUCAGCUUUAUAUACGCGUAGGAAUUCAUAGGACCAGCAUUGUAUAGUAAAAUUUUGUACAUAGAUCCAAAUAGCAACAUGAGAUCAAGGUGGAAAAAUAAAAUUUUGAUUUUGGGUUCGGUAUUAUUUAUGAAUCAUGGGACUCUUUGAUUAA